UCAUAACAGCCUAAGCAUUACGAAACUUCUAUUAGAUCAAAUAAGCCUCACGUAUCAAAAUAGAAAUGCAUUUUUUAUAUUGACUAAAUUCGACACUAAAUGUCUCCCAUACAAAAACUCUUCACUUGCUUAAUAAUUAAUUAUUUGCUGAACGUGGAGAGAUUUUGGGCGGAGUAAAACCUUCUCGUUUUGCCUCUUCCUCUCCGAUUUGGCUCAAAUAAGAAGAGGCGUGAACGUCGGGUGGCUUUGCUGUUGAACAGGUCAUGUCGGUAAAGAUGGAAAUGGAUGUCAGUGGCGUGUCCAGGACACCCAUCUCUGUUCUACCUGCUGCUGCAGAGGUCAAAGCCAUGCUGAAACCCGAUACAGGGGACAGGCCCCGCUGUGCCAGCACCCCCUGCUCCCCCAUCAAAAGUACUGUUUCAGGCUUCCAGAUUCUCCACAUGGACUCCAACUACCUAGUCGGCUUCACCACCGGCGAGGAGCUGCUAAAACUAGCCCACAAGUGGUCUCCCAACCCAGAGAAGACCCUUAUCACCACACCGACCACCACAACGUCAACAGCAUCAGAGGCCUUGCCCAGUUCUGUCCCCAAACCCAUGGACCUGGGCAUCCACCGGGCGUCGCGCAUCUACAAAGCCAAAAACCGCUACUACCAGCCAUACGACAUCCCCGUGGUCAACGGGCGCCGGCGUAGGCGCAUGCCCAGCUCAGGUGACCCCUACCUCAGGCCCCUGUCCCAAGGGGAGGGUGGCCCAGGGAGGGCCCUGCACCACGGCCCCCUGCCCCUCUGCCUUCUCAAGGGGAAGAAGGCCCAGUCCAAGUCCCUGGACUACCUCAACCUGGACAAAAUGAGUGUCAAGGAGCCUCCGGCCGACACAGAGGUGCUGCAGUUCCAGCUCCAGCACCUGACGCUGCGGAGCGAGCGCAUGUUCACCAGGAACAAGACAUGAAGCAACACCAGAGUCACCACCCGCCUGUUCUCUCAUCCACUCCCAUGGGAUUUGGGUGCUAUUUCCGGCUGUGCGUUUCUCUCCCUACUCAGAUCAUAGGAUAGUCCUUUAAGGGGACACUUGCGGAGACCACUAAUCUUGUUAUUAUUAUGAAGCGAGGGUGACAAACUAAGCGGGUCUCUUGACGAAAUGAGACGCAUGCUUACGUAUACGUAAAAAUCCAGUGAACACAAAUUGUUAAGUUAGUACACUGAAAACGGGGGUUGUUUAGAUACAAAAAUGUGAAGUUCGUCAGGAUUAGCAAUAACUGGUAAACGUAUUUAUUGACUGUGUGUGUGUAUGUGUGUGCGCGCGCACCUUUUUUAAAAAUGGUAAGGGAUGUGUAACCAAUGCCUCUCCAACUGGCCCCUUUUUUUCUGCAUUGGACUGCACUGUUAGACAUAUUAUGUUUUUACAGACCUUGCAUCCUACAGCACACCUUUACUUUUUAACCACUAUACAUCCAUAGCAAUUAGCAUUAGCCGCAGCAGUACUGCAGUCUACAUCCAUAGCAAUUAGAAUUAGCCCCAGCAGCACUGCACUCUACAUCCAUAGCAAUUAGCAUUAGCCCCAGCAGCACUGCACUCUACAUCCAUAGCAAUUAGCAUUAGCCCCAGCAGCACUGCACUCUACAUUCAUAGCAAUUAGCAUUAACCCCAGCAGUACUGCACUAUACAUCCAUAGCAAUUAGCAUUAGCCUCAGCAGUACUGCACUUUACAUCCAUACCAAUUAGCAUUAGCCCCAGCAGUACUGCACUUUACAUCCAUAACAAUUAGCAUAAGUUCCAGCAGUACUGCGCUAUACGUCCAUAGCAAUUAGCCAAAACAGUACUGCGCUAUACAUCCAUAGCAAUUAGCAUUAGCCCCAGCAGUACUGUAUGUAAGCUACUGUAUGUCUGUAUGUGUGUGGAUGUAUAGGGGCGGCAUGUAGCCUAGUGGUUAGAGUGUUAGACCAAAUCCCCGAGCUGACAAGGUAAAACAAAGUCUGUCAUUCUGCCCCUGAACAAGACAGUUAACACAACUGUUCCUAGGCCAUCAUUGUAAAUAAGAAUUUGUUUCUUAACUGACUUGCCUAGUUAAAUAAAAUAAAAUAAAUUGUGUGUGAAAGCUCACUCCGCUACACUACUAUUUUGCUCUUGCCAAGCACCAGGGAAAUGUGGGUUUAAUGUAAACCACUGACUGUUACACAAUCAAAAGGUUAUUUAAAACAGAAUCCUGUAAAGGGGCAAUCUGCACUUACUGCAUCCAUUUUUGGACUUAUAAAUUGAUGAUACUCAUUGAUUCUUGAAGAAUAUAACUUUUAAAUGCCUCAUGAGCUUUACUUGAACUGUCGUAGCCCAUCAGAACUUAAAAUAUAUUCUUGUUUUACUCCACUGUUUGUAAACAGUAAAUAUAAACAAACACUAUAUAUAUAUCCUCAAAACAUGGUUCAAACUAUAAUUUUCCUAUCAUUGGUGGUCAGUCCUUGCAUUCAUAUCUGAAUUUGAGUGUGGUUACAUUUCUACAGCCCCAUCCCUCCGCUUUUUACCGAAACGGGGGCGGGGGAAAUGCUUUGUUAUUGCUUCAACUGCUGAUUGCUGCUCUAAGAGGAUUUGUGGGGGAGAGGCUUACCGUCAGAGUGCCUGAGGUGAGAUUAGCUCCUUAUAUACAGAAUUAAUCCCCUCUCUCCAUUUCUCCCAGUCAGACUGAAUCCUCAGCAGGGGUGAGGAGUUGAAUUAGGAGAUUCCAGAUUUUCUGCAUCUAGACGUUGUGUCCAUCAUUCUGAAUCACAGUCAUUCUUUUCAUUUUAAUUUCCUGAAUGGGAGGGAUGGGUGUUUUAGCCUGAGUAAAAGGUUAUC